GUGUUUUUUUUUUCAGCUAAAUUUUAUUCAUGUACUUGAGGUCCAUCAGAGGAGAAAACAAGGUAAGAGGUUUGGGAUUGCAUUCCUGAAGGACUUUCCUCUCCAGAGGUCUCCAGCUUCUUGCCUAGACUAGGAUGGCAAUGAGGGGACAUCUCGUCUGGCUGCUCUGGCCACUGCUGCUCCUUCCCCAGGGUCAUGCGCAGUUCCCACGGGAAUGUGCUACACUUGAUGCAUUGAGAAGAGGUGAAUGUUGUCCAGACCUGAACCCAGGACCUGAGCCUGGGACAGAUAGCUGUGGUUCAUCAACUGGGAGGGGCAGAUGUGAUGUAGUUACUGCUGAUUUCCGGCCUCAUGGACCCCAGUACCCACAUGAUGGCAGAGAUGAUCGUGAAGCCUGGCCCACUAGGUUCUUCAACAGGACCUGCCACUGCAAUGGUAAUUUCUCAGGAUACAACUGUGGGAAGUGCAAACCUGGAUGGAGAGGAUCAUCAUGUGACCAAAGGGUCCUCACAGUUAGGAGAAACCUUCUAGACCUGAGUAAAGAAGAAAGAGAUCGUUUUAUCCGUGCCCUUGAUGUGGCAAAGCGUACUAUUCAUCCCCAUUUGGUCAUAGCCACCAGGAGAUCAGAAGAACUACUGGGGACAGAUGGCAAUACACCACAGUUCGAGAAUAUUUCCAUUUAUAACUAUUUUGUGUGGUCCCACUAUUACUCAGUCAAAAAGACUUUCCUUGGGGAAGGCCAGGAGAGCUUUGGGGCUGUGGAUUUUUCUCAUGAAGGCCCAGCAUUUCUCACCUGGCAUAGGUACCACCUACUGCAGUUGGAAAAAGACAUGCAG